UCAAUCCCCCCAUCUUUCAUAACUCACACAAAAUUUUCUCUCUCCUCCUUUUAAGAUAUCUCCUCACUUACCACUUACCUCACCUCCUCUUUCUUACACACUUCGCCCACUCUUUUCUUUCGCUCGUUCUUUUAUUUCAUCAAAAAUAAAUAUAUUAAAAACCCUCAAAACCUAAACAUUUCUACGUAGUUUCUUGUGCAUUUCCUUACAAUAUCUAAGUAACACCUUUAUUAUAUAUUCUUACUACUUUUUGUAAUAAUUGUCCUUUUACCUAUUUCAUCAAUCAUCAUAUAUAUAUAUUUGUAGAAUGUCUACACCCUUUUAUCAAACUUUCUCAUGUUUUCUGAUAGAAGCAGUCGACAAUUGAAUCCAAAUUUUCGCAUUAUUAUUUUAUGUAAAACACAUUUGUAAUAUAAUUUUUUUUUCCAAAUUUAUUACAAAACUCAAGGGUUUUUUUUUUAUUAUUAUUUAGGAUGGAAAAGGUAAAUAGUUCUGAUAGAAGGGCUGAAAUGAUGAAUGAGCUACUACAAGGAAUGGAAUUUGCAAAGCAAUUAAGGAAUCAAAUUUCAAAACCAGGAAAUAAUAAUAAUCAUUCUUCAUCAUUAAGUAAUAAUGAUGAUCAUCAAGCUCUUUAUUAUUUGGACAAAAUGUUGUCAUCUUUUGAUAAGACAAUCAAUAUUGCUAAGUUGAUCCACAUUAAUAAAGUUCCUCAACUAGAAUCUCCUCAUUCUUUGACUAUUAGUAGCCCACAUAGUGAAAACUCUCACCCUGAGUUUCCUCCUUCUAAGAGAAGGAAAUCAGUGAUGCCAAAGUGGACAAAGAAUGUGAAGAUUAACAAUGGAAGAGUGAUUUCAGGCAUAGAGAAUGCUCUUGUAGAUGGGUAUAGUUGGAGAAAAUAUGGGCAGAAAGAAAUUCUUGGAGCCAAAUAUCCCAGGGGAUAUUACAGAUGUACCCAUCGCCACACAAGAAAUUGUGUAGCCACAAAGCAAGUCCAAAAAUCAGAUGAAGACUCAUCAAUGUACAAAAUCACAUAUAGAGGCGAACACACUUGUGUCCAAGGAACCCAAUUAAUGAAGGCCCAACAAGAUACCAUUACACCAGCCCAAACAAAAUCAAGCCCACAACAACCCUCAAGCCCACAACAACAAGAAAUCUAUAUAGGCUUAGGCCCAGGAGGAGACCUCAAAGUUGAACCUGAAUUAAAGCCCGAAAACCAGGCCCAAUUAUCUCAGUCCUUAUCAUUCAACUCAGCCUACCUACAACCUGAUAACAUUGAAAAUUUCAUGUUGAGCUUUUGCACUCCUCUUGGCUCACCAACAACCUCACAUUCAAGCUAUCUUCCGGAGUCUCCAUACCCGGCUCCGAUGGCGCAUACCGGACUUUCCGUGCUGACGACAGAACCCGACAUCAAUGAAGCUCUUUCAGGUCCGAAUUCGGUCACGAAUUCAUCAGGAAUAGGUGGUGGUGACUUUGAGUUUUCCUUUGAGGAGUACAUAAAUUUUGAAGGAAACUUCUCUUUUGACAAUUGAACUAGUCUAUAUGUAAGUUAAAUAAGCAGGAAAAAUCAACUCAUCAAGUGGGUGCCUUUAUACUAGUAUAAGAUACUAGUGUGAACUUCUUUUUGUAGUCUAUAUUAGCUUGGCUAGCUAUCCCUAAUUUUUUCCACCUCAAGAAACACUUCUACGUACAUGUUUGUUAUAUGUUGCAGACUUGCAGUGUGUUUUGUGAAGAUUGCUGAGGUGUUGUAAGUUGUAACAUAUGCUAGAAAUCUUUUGUUGUAUAAUAGUAAUAGGAGAUUGGAGGUAGUUCACUAGUUUGUACCAAAAUUUAGAGAUGGCCAAGUGAAUAAAAUCUCUCUAUAUUUUGAGAA